ACGCCAAAAAUCCCAACUCAAUUAAAGCCAACGUUGCUAAAAUCUAUCUUUCCCCCUAAUUUCCUAAAAUCACAUUAACAAUAUCUUUUAUUUCCUUUAAUUACUCCCAUUAUUUUUAUAUUUCUACCUUUUUUUUUUUUAAUUUCCUUUUCCGAAAAUGUUACGGAUUUUGAGAUUUUUUUCCUAUAUUAAAUAACUCUUCCAAAAAAAAAAAAAAAAAUAAAAAAAAAAAUAUCAAUUGGCCGCCAAACCGAUCAACCUCCCUUUUUCUCUCUCCUCUUCUUCUUCUCUCAAUUGAAUUGGAACCCCCUUACAAUUCGUUUCUUCGUUCGAUUUUUCUAGGGUUCCGAUUCUUCUUAGGGUUUGAUUUUCAAUUACUAUCUCCCAAUUCUCAAUUUAGAAUUGCGGGUUUUCUUCAUUCUUUCCUAAUUUGUUUGAUCGUGAUUGAAUUUUGAUCAUUAGGGUUUCAAUUAAUUUUGAAAUUCGGGUUUAUUUCUUGGUUCUGAGGAUAGAUCAUUGUGAAUUUAGGGUUUGUUAUUGGGAAUUUGGGUGAAAAUUUGAGAGAAUUUUUGUUGAGUGAAGAAGGAUGGGGAGUACAGAAGGAUUGGUGAAGCAACUUGGAGUGACGAAGCCGAUUUCUAUGGCGGGACCUUCUGCUGUUGAUUUGCAGAAGACUCGGGAAUUGGAGAAGUUUUUGGUUGAUUCUGGUUUGUAUGAAAGCGAAGACGAGGCGGUGAAGAGGGAAGCGGUUUUGGCUCGCCUUAGAGAGCUUGUCAAAGAUUGGGUGAAACAACUUACUCGGCUAAGAGGGUAUACAGAUCAAAUGGUUGAGGAUGCUAAUGCAUUGAUACUCACUUUUGGAUCUUGUUGUCUGGGGGUGAGUGGUCCCGGAGCUGAUAUAGAUGCUUUAUGUGUGGGGCCAUCAUAUAUCAACCGAGAUGAGGAUUUCUUUUACAUUUUCCAUGAUAUUCUGGCACAAUUGGUGGAAGUGACCGAGCUUCAACCAAUUCCUGAUGCGCAUGUACCAGUGAUGAAAUUUAAGUUUGAUGGGAUUUCUAUUGAUCUUCUUUAUGCUAGUGUUUCCGUCUUGGUUGUUCCUAAAGACUUGGAUAUUUCCGAUGUUUCGGUUCUAUACAAUGUUGACGAAGCUACUGUUCGAAGUUUAAAUGGAUGCAGGGUUGCAGAUCAAAUUCUUAAGUUAGUUCCUAACAUCAAGCAUUUCCGCACUGUGCUUCGGUGUCUUAAGUUUUGGGCGAAAAAACGAGGUGUUUACUCAAAUGUGACUGGAUUUCUUGGAGGUGUAAAUUGGGCAAUUCUAGUUGCUCGGGUUUGUCAGCUGUAUCCAAAUGCAGUACCAAGUAUGCUGGUUUCUCGAUUUUUUAGGGUCUUUACCCAGUGGCGUUGGCCCAACCCUGUGAUGCUUUGUGAGAUUGAAGAGGAAGAGCUUGGAUUUCCAGUUUGGGAUCCUCGUAAAAAUCAUCGGGACCGUACUCAUCACAUGCCUAUCAUUACGCCUGCGUACCCUUGCAUGAAUUCUAGCUACAAUGUUUCGCCUAGUACUCUCCGGGUAAUGAUGGAGCAGCUCGAGUUUGGCAACAAGAUUUGUCAGGAUAUUGAGCUUAACAAGGCACGCUGGGGCUCUCUGUUUGAGCCAUAUUUGUUCUUUGAGAGCUAUAAAAACUAUCUACAAGUUGACAUAAUUGCUGCUGAUGCUGAUGAUUUGCGUUCUUGGAGAGGUUGGGUAGAAUCCCGAUUUAGACAGUUGACUCUGAUGAUAGAACGUGAUACUCUUGGGAAACUGCAGUGCCAUCCCUGUCCACAUGACUUGUUUGAUCCAUCCAGGCAAAGGGCUCAUUGUGCAUUUUUUAUGGGUUUGCAAAGGAAGCAAGGCGAGGUUGCUCAGGAGGGACAGCAGUUUGAUAUUCGCGUAACAGUUGAUGAGUUUAGGAAUUCAAUAAAUAUGUACUCUUACUGGAAACCAGGAAUGGAUAUAUAUGUGUCCCAUGUCCGUAAAAAGCUGCUUCCAGCUUUUGUUUUUCCAGAGGGAUAUAAGCGUUCUCAAUUAUCAAGGUCUCUAGGUGACCUGCGAGUACAAAGUUCGAGUAGUCCAAAAGAUGAAGUUUAUGGUGGAAGGUCUAAUAAAAGAAAGUGUUCUAGUGAAGAUAUAUCUGGGCAACCGGGGAAGCGGCGGUCACUUAGUCCAUGUGGUGCUUCAGUGUCUCCUGAUUCAGUGCUUCAUAAUUCUGGGUCUCCACUGCCAGUGUGUGAUGUGACAGCUGUGGUAGAUCGGGGUUCACCUCCAGGGAUGGUCUCAGGGUAUGUUUCAACAAAUAAGAAUGCGGUGUUGGAUCAUGAUGCUAAAGAUUUUGGGCUGGCUACUUCUGCCAGUACUGUCUCAGUUGCAGAAAAGUCAGAUAUUCCUUCUACCUCUACCUGCAGUGCUGUCUCUGUUCUUACAAGCAAUGGGGUUUUCAGGGAUCUUGAUUCGGAACCUAAAGCAAAUGAAGAGGGUGGGAAAAUUAGCAGUUCUGAAGGAAGUGUAAACCAGAGUUUAAUUCAAAAUGAUGCGUUUGAGGAAGUUUCUGGCUUGCUCACUAAUGCAAAAAGUGAUUUCAUGAAGAGCAACGUAGCAUUGCAAGAUGGAUAUGAGACAAAUGGAAUAAAUGGUGUAAAGUUGAAGGCAAGCAUUGGAGCGGACUCGAGAACAAUUCAAGAUCCAGUAAUAAGGCUUAGUCUUGCUAGUACAGCUUGAAGUGGGGCAGUGUAGUAAUCUGAUGGACAUUUGCAGAAACCUGGGUCCACAACGACUGUGCUGGCGUGAGUUUGGUGGGUGGGAGAGAAAGCCAGUUUCUCGGGUAAGUGCAAUAUUGUGUUGCUGGCUUUCUUCCCUUUGACUGUUUCAGGUUUGCUUGGUUGUUCGAGACAAUACUACGGAUGCUAGAUUUAAGACGGUUUCAACUUCUGUCCUGCUGUUAUUUGUGCAGUUAGUUUUGGGUUACUUAGGAGUAACUGAUGAGCAGAAGUUGGAAUUAAAAAAAAAAAUCAGAAAAAAAAAAAAAUUCGAGAAGAAAAAUUUUAAAGGGGAAAAAAAAAUUAAAGAAAAAAAAAAGAAAAAAAAAAUAAAGAUAGAAAAAAAAAAUUGAAAAAAAAAAUAAUUAAGAGAGAACAAAUCAAGUAAAAAAAAAAAAAAGGAACUUAAUGUAGAAACAAUGGAAGCAUUGCUAUUUCUGGUUUGAUUGUGUUGGCCUUUCAACUUGGGGGAAGAGUUGUGGUGCUCCACCUUGGACAUAUCUGGUUUGAUGGUGUUGGCCUUUCAAUUUGGUGCGUGGCGGGAAGAGUUGUGAUAAUCCACCUCGGACAUCUCUGGUUUGAUGGUGUUGGCCUUUCAAUCUGGGGGAAAAGUUAUGGUGCUCUGCCUUGGACAUCUCAGGGUAUGCUCGGACUUUCAGAUCUCUUGGCCUUUUCUUAAACCAUUUGUCUCUCAACUCAGGUCUGCCCUUUGGAGUUUGCACUGCACGAGUGGUGUUCAUAUUCUGGUUCGAAGUUUUUUUUUUUUUUUUUUUUUUUUGUUUUGUUUUGUUUGGGGGGGGGGGGGGUGGGAUAGGUUGAGGUUGGUCCUAUAAUGAUUAGUUUAUAGUUUGUAUUAAGCAAUGUAGUCUUUCUCAUGUUUCAGACCUUACAGAUUUCGUUGUUAAUAAUAGUAUAAAUUCUAAAUUGUGUUUAGUCUCUA